UUUUCGCUUCUCAGUCAAUCAAAAAAACAAUCGCGGUCACUGUCUACGUUACAUAAAGCCGUCAGUUCUUAACGGGGCCGAUUCCUCCUUCCUUAUCUUAUUCUACUCCGUCUCUUUAAACAGACUCCGGUUUUUCUCUCUCUCAAAGGGAUCAAUUUUCAUGCUCUCAAUUUUCUCUGGAUUCAAACCUGUGCUUUUAGGUUGUUUUUUUUGGUGUUAACAAUGCUAUUGCCCUUGCUCGUGUCGGCUGUAGUGUGAAUUUGAUUGAUUGAUGAAACUUUAUGUAUAUUAUUAUUCUGGGAAUUGAACCAUGAAGAUUUUUAUGAGGUUCACCUGUGGUUUUGUGGAUUGAUUGAUUUAUGAAUCUACGACACUGCUCGGUUUUUCAUUUGAUUUCUGAAGAUGUCAAUCAGGAGUUUCGUUGACUCUUAAGGGUUUGUAGGUUAUAUAUAGCGAAAAGAGAGGAAAUAGUAAAAAGAGCAAGGAAAAGAGAAUGGGGGAAGCUCUUCUCACUACCCUUUCAAUGGAGAAUGAUCACCCAUCUACACUUUUGUCAAUGGAUUCAGGUUCUUUGCUAUCAGAUGAAUUUGAGAGAGAGAUGAACCGGUCUAUGCUGCUUUGUCGGCCACCUGAUAUCAAUCUCCCACUAUCAUCCGAACCGAGCCCACCUCCACUGGCAUGGAAUGAUUCAUGUGACAUCUUGGAUGUUAGCCUUGCACCUCAGAUUUAUGAGGCAGUUGUCAACGUCCCAAAAGUGGCUAAGAAAUGUAUCAAGCGUCUUGAUAGUGUAUGGGGUGCUUGGUUUUUCUUUACUUUCUACUUUAAGCCUGUUUUGAAUGGGAAGUCAAAGUCUAAGGUAAUUAGGGACAGCAAUGGUUUGUCCGGGUAUGACAAGUCGGACUUGGAGCUAGAUUCAUUCCUGGUUCAGCAUGACAUGGAGAACAUGUAUAUGUGGGUUUUCAAGGAGAGGCCUGAAAAUGCACUUGGUAAGAUGCAGUUGAGGAGUUACAUGAAUGGCCACUCUCGGCAAGGGGAGCGACCGUUUCCAUUUAGUGUCGAUAAGGGUUUUGUUAGAUCUCAUAGAAUGCAGAGAAAACACUACAGGGGUCUCUCUAAUCCUCAAUGUUUACAUGGGAUUGAAGUUGUUCCAUCACCAAAUCUCUCCAGUCUUGAUGAUGAAGAGAAGAGGAGGUGGAGAGAACUUACUGGCAGGGAUAUAAACUUCUCUAUUCCUCCUGAAGCAAGUGAUUUUGCAGCUUGGAGGAACCUUACACACACAGAAAUUGAGCUUGAGCGCCCUCCCGCUCCUUUAAAGAGUAAUCUAAAUUCCCACACUAGAAAACUGCUUAACAGUACUGGUUUGAACUUAUCAACUCAGCCAUUGGAACAUAGCAAUGGUGAUGGGAUGGAUUUAUCACCUGUUUGCAAUAAACGGAAAAAGGACUAUUUCCGACAUGGAAAUGAUGAGGAUCCUUGUUUACCUAAUAAUUUGCAUUCUAACCAAGUUUUGGAGAUGAAAAUUCGACCAGUGGAGCCAACAUGGAUGAAUGAAUUUAGUGGGGUGAUGAAGAAUGUAUAUGGGCCCGUUACAGCAGCAAAAACAAUAUAUGAAGAUGAUGAAGGCUUUUUGAUCAUUGUCAGCUUGCCCUUUUCAGAUCUUCAAAAGGUGAAAGUUACUUGGAGAAAUACUGCCUCACAUGGAAUUGUAAAGAUAUCUUGUGUGAGUACAGCCUGCAUGCCAUUCAUUAAGAGACAUGAUAGGAUAUUUAAGCUAACAGAUCCAGCACCAGAGCACUGCCCUCCGGGGGAAUUUGUUAGAGAAAUUCCUCUUCCAAACCGCAUUCCAGAAAAUGCUAAACUGGAAGCAUACUGUGAUGAGACAGGAACAGUGCUUGAGAUUAUUGUGCCCAAGCAUCUUGUAGGACCAGAAGAGCAUGAGGUCCGUGUAUGCUUUCGCCCCUCCCCAUGGAGUGAACGAGCAUUUGUGGACCUGGAGGAAACCAUAGUGUGAUACAUGUUCCUUGAUCUUAACUCAAUUUGUGAAUUGUGAAAUUGGCAUUUUCGGUUUUCACUUGGCUUGAAGGUUUUAAGGGUUUUUUUUUUUUUUCCUUUAGAGCUGAUUGAUUAUGUCUUCGCUUUUUCUACCUCUAUGCUAUGAGAAUUUCUAGUAUAGUAUUUCUCCUUUCGAGCAUGAGGCAAAUAAGAAGAAUCAGUCAUGCUCUUAUGUAUAUCAUUCGUAAUUGCAACCAUAGUUUUGUUCAAGAUGAAUGCAGCUGCAUGGUUUUGGUUGUUUUAUAUGUUGGAAUCACUUUUCUUCCCCUGACACUCCCUUGGCAAUGGAUCUACCUUUGCCUUACUAAAUAUUUUGAUAUUGAGUCAUUGAAAGUUCAAUGAAGAUUCCCAGCUGCCGGCAUCCGACGGUAUCGAUCCUAACUUGGUGAAGCCAGCUUGGUUCAGGCUGUAAAUGGACUAUCCCCAGGUAAAAGCUACUCUUGUUAUCAUAGAAUCAAGUUCCUCCUCCAUGAUAGUCAUCAUGUUACUUUAUUUUACCCUCUUCUUUUUAUCACAAUGAGAAAGGAUGAAAAGAGAAAAUUUUAAACCUUGUAGUUUCUAUUGAUCAAUAAAUAAUGAAUGCUAUUAGUAUUAUGAAAUAUGGAUUUGGUUCUCAUCACUUGGAGUUGAGAAAGACAGACCAGAAUCUCAAGUUUAAGGGACCUAGGACUUCAGUUAUUAACUUUGGAAAUGCCAAAUUAGGGUAAAAAAAACUGUGAACAUUUGAAGUGUAUGAAAGAAUGUUGCAGGUGAUAAUGAUUGCCAAGC